AUGAACAGCACUAGACCUAAGGUCAUUAUGGACAAUGACUGGUCUACGGCUGGUUUCAUUCCCUACCUCCUGGCACUCGAUGCAGGAUGGGAUGUUCUCGGUCUUGUUUCUGAUACUGCAAAUUCAUGGGCACUGCAGACUGGAUUACAUGCUUUGGCCACUCUCGAGGUUGGCAACCUGUCUUGUAUUCCCGUACACAAGGGAGCAGACUAUCCUAUUCUUAAUACUCCUGAACUCUUCCAGACUUGGGAGAUGGUCCACGGUAAACUACCCUGGGAAGGAGCCUUUGCACCAGAGAACUUGACCUACGAAGCACUGGGCAAUGACCCAACUUCGGGUGACCCAAGCCGCGUGUCCAAAGCAGCUUUCUUCGAGGGCUACCCCAACACCACAUUCGCUUCCAAGGACGCAGCAUGGUUCAUGAUUGAGCAAGUGCGCAAGUACCCUGGUCAGGUCUCGAUCUACUCGGCUGGUGCUCUGACCAACGUCGCUCUUGCUGUCCGCAUGGAUCCCGACUUUGCUAAGAACGCAAAGGAGCUCAUCAUUAUGGGAGGCUACAUCGAUGUCAACCUUUUGCAAGUUACUGGCAGCACCAUGCAAGCUGAUUGGAACUCUGACAUCAACUUGAUGAUCGACCCCGAAGGAACCAAGAUUGCCCUUUCUGCUCCUUUCCCUAACAUCACCAUUGCCGGCAACGUCGCCAACCAGGUCACUGUCUCUCAGGAAUACCUUGACGAUAUUUACAAGGUCAAGAACCCUUACUCUACUUUGAUGCACGAGUACUACGGCACCAUCUUCCCUCUCUGGGAUGAGACCGCUGCCGCUAUUCUGCUUGACCCUACCAUUGUCAAGAACACCACAAGCUUCUACCUUGAUGUUGACACUGCUCCCUCAAGCCCCAGCUAUGGUAACAUUCACGCUUAUCAAGAAGCACUCAAGCCCACAGCCCAAAACCUUCAGAAGGUUAACAUGGUUGUGUCUGUUGACGGCAAUAGACUCAAGAAGUGGGUAAAGAGAGCCGUUCAGUACCCCAAGUCAUGCGCCAACCUUUAG